GUCCGAUACAAUUGUGGCGCCGCUGAUACGAAUAUGCAACACAUAAUACAACAUAAGCGCAUUAUAGAGCUCAGUGAACAUAAGACUAAAAAAAAACACGUCCAAGUGGUCCAAGGCGGUAUGUGCUAGGUCAAGUUAAAUUGCAUUAAAUUGUGUUUCUCGUAAUUGUGCCACAUCAAUGGCACCACUGCUGUUGGGUAUGCCGCUGAGGGUGAUGCGCCUUUUGUCGUCACACUGCCGUGCCCUGCCUCCUACUGCCCAGUUACUGGCAGCCAGCAUGCACAGCCAGGGACUGCAGGCGGGCGCAGUGGCGCCGCAGCUCGCUGCGGUUGUGCCGCGGCUCGGUGAGCCCCGGCGGCGCCAGGUGUCCACUGGCCGCCCGUCCCGCCGGCGCCAGAGCCGCCCGCCGCCAGCACCGGCCGCGCCGCCGCAGCAGUGGGAGCCGGCCGCGCUGGCCGCCCGCCUCUACCGCCUCCUGUCCGAAGAGGAGCGGCUGCUGGCCGUCAGCGAGCAGUCGGCCGCCGCCGUGCUGCGCCUCCUGCACGAGCUGCAGUUCAGCGAACAGCAGGUGAGCGAGCUGCUGCUGGGCCGACCGGCGCUGCUGCGGCGCGGCCCGGCCGCCUGGCGCGCCGCCGUGCCGCCGCUGCUGGGGCGCGGCUGCGCGCCGCAGCAGGUGGCCGACAUGCUGGCCGCCUGCCCGGCGCUGCUGGAGCGGCGCGGCGCCGAGCUGGAGGCCACGCUGGCGGCGCUGCUGGCGGCGCUGCCCGCCGGCGAGUGGGCCGUGCUGGAGCUGGUGCACCGGCAGCCGCAGCUGCUGCUGCUGCCGGCCGGCCGGCUGCGCCGACAGCUGAUGCGUCUGCUGACGGUGUUCACCGCCGACCAGGCGGCGCGCGUGGCGCUGCGCUGUCCGGCGGCGCUGCUGGAGCGCGGCGCCGAGACCGAGCGCAAGCUCGACUAUCUGCUGGACACGAUGGGCCUGACGGCGGCCGAGGUGGCUCACUCGUCGGCGAUGGAGUGGCCUCUGGAGCACCUGCGCGCGCGGCACACGGCGCUGGAGCGCAGCGGCGGCUACCGGCGGCCGCGCGCCAAGGACACAGAGCCCACCGGAAACCCAGCGCCCACGGAGAUGUUCAGCCACUCGGAUGAGCUCUUCUGCCAGAGAGUGGCGCGCCUGCCCUACCGCGAAUACGAGGUGUUCACACGACUUCUGGAGGAGGAGCUGGAGGAGGCACAGCUGGAGGAGUCCGACUCUGACAGCGACUCGGACAGCGACUCGGAGUCGGAGGACUCUGACUCGAGCCACCACUCCCGAGGUCGCCGGCCCGGCCGGUGACCCCCCCCCCCCCUGUAUCGUCCCACUCAGCGCGCUGUGUAUACCGUCUCGGCCGACAAUAAACUCUCCGUGCCAUGUUA